GUCCUCUGGAUUUCCCUUAAUUACUCACCAUCAACAUCUUCAUUUCACUCUAUCGUCCACUUUACUUCACCCCCCCCCCCCCCCCCAACUCACCGAGUAAGCCUUCAAAACUCGCCCGACUCAUGAGCCGAUUUAGAAGAAUCGAAAUCUUCGAGCCGCACUAUGCUCCCGUCUUACUCAGAGAAACCUCCAUUUUCACUCCGAAAUCACUCGUUUUUCCAUCCUUUGAAGAACCCGAGGAGCUCGGUUUUGCUGCUUUCGAUCUCUUGUGCUCGAAGCCUACCUCUUUCGAGGUUUUUGAUACAGUGACUGAUCUGGUUAAACCGCGUUCGUUUUACACGAGCAAGAGUAUCCACGACCGAUUUGAGACUGACUUGCGCUUGCACACUCUUCAUGAUCGCGUCAGCGAGCUCGAGUCAAAGUUUGACAGGCUAGUCAACCCGAAGAUCAACGGCGGGAGUGGUGCUGAGAGGAAGUACACGUGGACAGCGGAGAUUAAAGGACCGGUGACAGAAAGGAAGUAUAAACUGACAGCAGAGAUCAAAGGAGGAGAAGAGAAGAAGAAGAAAGAAGAGAAGAUUAAGAAUUAUAAAUGGACUGCUGAGAUUAAAGGAAAAGGAGAGGAAGAGAUUCCUAUCUCGCGGAAGUAUACGUUUGAAACAUCAAAUGGAUUUGCAGGUGACGGUAGCAAAUCAGAAAAGAAAGAGAAGGAGAAGGAGAAAAAGAUAGAGGCUAAGGAGAAGAAAGGACAGUGCGCCACGCGCCUUGUUGAAAUCGAAGAUUACCCUGAUCAUGGAGCUGUUGUUUUGCGCCAGGCAUUUGCAAAGAGAGCUGGAGUGGUGGAGAAGAGGAAGGGGAAGAAGAAGGAAUUGUCGCCUCAGGAUGCAGCAUUGUUGAUUCAGAUUACAUUUAGGGCUUAUUUGAUCCGGAGAUCACAGGCACUUCGUGCGCUUAGAGAGUUGGCGAUUGCAAAAGCUAAGUUGAAGGAGCUUAGAGCUUUGUUCAAUAACUUUUCUUAUAGGCGCCAUGUUGCGCGUGAUGCUGAGGAGAGGCAGAGGUUUUCGGAGAAAAUUAUUGUGCUGCUUCUUACUGUUGAUGCCAUUGAGGGAGCUGAUCUAAUGGUUCGAGCUGCAAAACGGUCAAUGGUGGAUGAGCUGGAGGCAAUGCUUGAUGUGGUGGACCCCCAGCCUGCUGGUAAAUCACUUUCUAUGAGAAGACGAACAUUUGAUAUGCCUGAUGGUGUCAUUCGAAAGGAAAUUGCUGAAGGUGUGGCCCAGGUUGUCCAGAUGCUUGAUAAAGAAGAGGAUGGCACCGCCACCUUUGAGGCAUGCUUGUAAGCAAGUCAUGUUUAGUAAGAAAAACUCAUUCCCCUUGUGUGUUUUUCUUGGGUGUCCCGGCUUCUUUCUUUCUUGUUGUAGAAUAUUGAACGCAAUUUGAAAGCUCCUGUUAACUCAUCAUGCCAUGUUUGAUGUGGUUGCCCUAGCUUGCUGUUGUCUUUUGAAUGAGAGUUGUGUGCUCUGAUUUUCAUGUCUUCA